AUGUGGGUCAUCUUCAAUCUUGCGCCUCAGGGCAUCUUUGUCAAGUUUGCUGGGUCUUCCUGCACGUGGUUUGUCUUCAAGCUUCUCAUCGUCCACACGAAACUUUGCGAACCAUCUGGUCACUGUAGAAUAACUCACAACAUUCUUACCCUCAUUUUCGUUUAUGAUUCUGAAGGUUUCUGCCGCAGUAUUUCCGCGUUUGAAUUCAUUCCAUAUAAUCACGCGCACGCGAGAUUUCUCGAUUUUUUUCUAAUACCUAAAACAAUACAAAAAAAUGAAAUUAAGUUAUGUAACUUACCUUUUUGAAUAAUUUAGGUAACAAACAAACAAAAAAAGAAUUUUUUCUUUCCGUCAAGAAAUAAAUUUUUCCUGAUUUUUCAAAGUUUACCUACUCAAAUAUUGCAGAACUUUCCGGACAACCUAAUAGUUGGUCAUUAUUUUCUACAAUUUCAGUAUUGCCGUAUUCGAUUUGGGAGGUGGUACAUUCGAUGUGUCCGUCCUCGAGAUCCAAAGGGUGUUUUCGAAGUAAAAUCAACCAACGGAGAUACCUUCUUGGGUGGUGAAGAUUUUGACAACACUUUGGUAAACCAUCUGGUGGGUGAAUUCAAGAAGGAAUCUGGAAUAGAUCUCACCAAGGACCCUAUGGCUAUGCAGAGACUCCGCGAGGCUUCAGAAAAGGCCAAGUGUGAACUUUCAAGCACAACUCAGACUGAUAUCAACCUUCCUUAUAUCACAGUUGACGCUUCUGGACCAAAACAUUUGAACCUAAAGUUGACUCGUGCCAAGUUCGAACAGCUCGUAGCUGACUUGAUCAGAAGGACGCAAGAACCAUGUAAGAAGGCUAUGGUCGACGCUGAGGUCAAGCCAUCGGAAAUUGGAGAGGUUUUGUUAGUUGGAGGUAUGAGCAGAAUGCCAAAGGUUCAACAGACCGUCCAAGAAAUCUUCGGAAGACAACCAAGCAAAGCCGUCAAUCCAGAUGAGGCUGUAGCUAUCGGUGCUGCCAUUCAAGGAGGAGUUUUGGCCGGAAACGUUACAGAUGUCCUGCUGCUUGAUGUCACUCCAUUGUCUCUAGGUAUCGAGACUUUAGGAGGAGUUUUUACCAGACUCAUCCCAAGAAACACCACAAUCCCAACCAAGAAGAGUCAAGUAAGUCUCUGUCUUUUUGAUUAUCAUAUUUUUAGGUAUUCUCAACUGCUGCUGAUGGACAAACUCAAGUAGAAAUCAAAGUGCAUCAAGGAGAAAGAGACAUGGCCGCUGACAACAAGAUGUUAGGUCAGUUCUCGUUGGUCGGUAUUCCUCCAGCUAGCCGUGGUGUGCCUCAAAUUGAAGUUACUUUUGAUAUUGAUGCCAACGGUAUUGUGAACGUGUCUGCCAGAGACCGUGGAACCGGAAAGGAACAACAGAUUGUCAUCCAAUCUUCUGGUGGUCUGAGCAAGGACCAAAUCGAGAACAUGGUCCGUGAUGCUGAGAAACACGCCGCUGAAGAUGCUGAAAGAAAGGAAUUGGUCGAGGCUGUCAAUUCUGCCGAGUCCGUUGUCAACGACACAGAACAGAAGAUGACUGAGUACAAGGAUCAAUUGAACGCCGAAGAGGUAUAUCAGACUAUUUCAUUUUAAAUUCUUAGUUUCAUAUUGUUAACACUGUCUUGUAUAUUGUUUUAACAAGCGAUUGUUUUAGGCCAAGGCCCUACAAGAGAAGAUCGAUGAGUUGAAACAGAAGUUGGCCAACAGAGAUGGCUUGAAGGCUGCUGACAUCAAGGAAUUGGUCGGAACAGUACAACAACAAUCCCUCAAGUUGUUCGAAGCCGCCUACAAGAAGAUGGUGCAGAACAACCAAGGCUCCCAACAAACAGAAGCUCCGAACGAAGAGCAGAAGAAGGAGGAGCAAAAGUGA